AAUAAAACACAUCACACACUGCGUCUCAUUCAAACAGUAGACACUUUUAGUUUAGACAAACAAGUUUCGUUUACGUAAAGUAUGACAUUUCAAUUGACAAACCCGUUUUGACAGUUGUUACAUUUGUCAUUUGUGCACACGUUUUGUUUAACUUUAGAACUACUUGAAAAUUUAACUAAAUAAAUUAUUUUAAAAUGCCGUUGAUAAUUUUAACUGGAUUUCCGUCUAGCGGCAAAACGAAACGAAGCAAAGAGUUGGCGGAUUUUUUUCGGGAGCGUGGCAAAAUGGUGCAUAUUGUUAGUGAAAAUUUGUCAAUACCAAAGGCUGGCUUUGCAAAGAAUGUGUAUUUUGCCGAUUCACAAAAGGAGAAAAUCGUUCGAUCCGAUCUCAAAUCGGAAACGGUGCGAUUGUUGACUAAGGAUAAUGUUGUGAUUUUAGAUGCUGCCAAUUAUAUUAAAGGCUAUCGGUAUGAACUGUAUUGCGCCAGCAAAGCCGCUCGAUCUACACAGUGCACUGUGUUUUGUGCUAUCCCGAAAGAAACAGCAUGGAAUCUUAAUCAGAAAAGAAGUGGCGCUGAUGUGGUUGAGUCCAGCGAAAGCGACAAUUCGUCAAUUCCAUACACACGAGAAAUCUUUGAUGCACUCACACUUCGAUAUGAAGAACCGAUAGCAAAUAAUCGAUGGGAUUCUCCACUGUUUACUCUACUACCCGAAUCGAAGAUACCCUUUGAAGACGUUUUUUCCGCUUUGUACGAAAAGAAACCACCACCACCAAAUCUUGCUACACAAAAUGCACCAAUGACCUCAACAAAUUAUCUGUACGAAAUGGAUAAGCUGACGCAAGAAAUAACCAACACUGUGAUAUCAGCGCGUAAAAUUGGCGUCAUGGGACCCGUUCAAAUUCGUGACAAUUUACAUGUCAAAAUACCAGCCACUGUAAAUGCCAGUCAAUUAAAUAAGUUGCGCCGGCAAUUUCUCAACUACAAUAAAAUGCAUUCAGCUGGCGGUCACAACUUAGACAAAGCACCCGAUCUAUUCGUACAGUUUUUGAAUGCCAAUUUUUGAGCGAAUUUUCAUGUAUUUUUUCUUUCUUCUUGGUUUUCGAAAUAAAAUUUACUCUUUCCAAACGAAGAUUGAAAAAAAAAAAAUAAUUAUCAACAAA